GGGGAGAAGGGUGAGAGGAAGGAAGAUGUUUCCGAGGGAGAAUGAGAGUAACGGCUAUCAGCAGCAGCCACAGGGAAUGGGUCACAGUCACAGAGAGCGAGCCCGUCGUGCCACUCGCCGGUCACGUGCCUCCGCUUCCACACACAAUCACCUUAGGGUUUGUGAUCAACAACAACAGCACCAUCCACCUCCUUGCACUGACUUCGACAUGGCCUAUUUCCAUUCCUACGCUCACCUUGGUAUCCACCAAGAGAUGAUAAAGGAUCGUGUGCGGACUGAAACUUAUAGAGAAGCAAUUAUGCAGCAUCACAGUUUUAUUGCUGGAAAGGUUGUGGUUGAUGUUGGAUGCGGUACAGGAAUCCUUUCUAUAUUUUGUGCUCAGGCUGGUGCAAAACGGGUGUAUGCAAUUGAUGCCAGUGACAUUGCCCUGCAGGCAAAUGAAGUUGUGAAAGCAAAUAACUUGUCUGAUGUUGUUGUUGUAUUGCAUGGACGAGUUGAGGAUGUUGAAAUUGAUGAAGAGGUGGAUGUUAUAAUUUCUGAAUGGAUGGGCUACAUGCUUCUAUAUGAGAGCAUGCUUGGGAGUGUUAUUACUGCUAGAGAUCGCUGGCUCAAACCUGGUGGUCUUAUUCUUCCUUCAAGUGCAACGUUGUACAUGGCUCCUGUCACACAUCCUGACAGAUACAGUGAAAGCGUUGACUUUUGGCGCAAUGUUUAUGGAAUUGAUAUGUCUGCCAUGCUAUCAUUAGCUAAACAAUGUGCAUUUGAAGAACCUUCUGUUGAGACAAUAACUGGUGAAAAUGUUUUGACAUGGCCACACGUGGUGAAAUAUAUUGAUUGUUAUUCUGUUACCAACCAUGAGUUAGAAUCUGUAACAACCAAGUUUAAGUUCAAUUCUAUGAUGCGAGCACCACUACAUGGUUUUGCAUUUUGGUUUGAUGUUGAAUUUAACGGGUCUGCAAUAGCACCAACCAAUUAUCAUUCGUCAGCUUCAUUUAUCGACAAUCAUCAGAUGAAUGGUAGUCAGAGAAAAAAGCGAACAAAUCCAAAUGAAGCGCUGGUCCUGUCCACAGCACCUGAGGACCCUCCCACACAUUGGCAGCAGACAAUGAUAUACUUUUAUGAUCCGAUAGAGCUGGAACAAGAUCAACUAAUUGAAGGUUCAGUGACAUUGUCACAAAGCAAGGAAAAUGCUCGAUUUAUGAAUAUUCACCUUGAGUAUACUUCUGGUGGUCGAUCAUAUGUGAAAGAGUCCGUUAUGAGAUGAUCUUUUCAUGUACUUCAGCAUUGUCUUUACUGACUUCGUUUUUCUUAGAUAGCAGUUUGGUUCUUGAAACCCACUAAUCUCUGCUUGCUAGAUUAGAAUGGAGCAACUGACAAACUUGUUAGCAUAUACGGUUAGGUCAAUCAAAUGAAAUUUUGUUGUAAUUUGAUACUGAUUAUAUUAUUUGAGGCGGAUGAUUUGUCUUUUAUAAUUUGUUUAUUGUUGUCAUUUUAAAGCCUUUAUUGUGGGGCUGUCUCGUUUCAAUUUUCUUUCAGAGUUGUGUAAUAUAUUGAACUAUUUUUGAACUACAUAUUCUUGUCUAUU